UGGGCGGAAGAGGCUGCCAUCCGGGGCGUGUUUACGCAGCCGCCGUGUAAUCGCCGGCGCUCACGUGCCGGAGAUGGCGGCUGAUCCUCUUCCUCCGUCCGCAAUGGCUCAGCCGGGAACUCUGAACCUCAAUAACGAGGUUGUAAAGAUGAGAAAAGAAGUGAAGCGAAUCCGAGUUCUGGUCAUCCGAAAACUUGUCCGGAGUGUUGGCAGACUGAAGUCCAAAAAGGGCACUGAAGAGGCUCUGUUGAAAAACCAAAGGCGGGCCCAAAGGCUGCUUGAAGAAAUUCAUGCCAUGAAGGAAUUGAAACCUGAUGUCAUAACUAAAUCUGCUCUUAGUGAUGAUAUCAACUUUGAAAAAACUUGCAAAAAGCCAGAUUGUACUGCAACUGAAAGAGCAAUUGCCAGAUUAGCAGUUCACCCUCUUCUGAAGAAAAAAAUUGAUGCACUCAAAGCUGCAGUCCAGGCCUUCAAAGAUGCAAGGCAGAAUGCUCCAGAGGCUGAGUCAUCUAAGAAUUCUUCAGAGGAAAGCCUGUGUAAGGACAUCGCAAGGUCAAAGGAUGAUGCAAGUGAGUCACCGCAUCCUGAGAGAACUGUUGUAGCUGAGCAGAAAGGGAAGGAUGCCAACACAGCCGCAAAGAAGCCAGGAAGUAGUUCAAAAGAAAAAAUGGCCAAGACGGAACAGGGACCCAAAGCAGUGGCCACUCCCCGCUCUCUGGGGAAGCCUUCAGGAGAGGGUGCUGGGGUUAACUCUGAACACCAGGGGGCCCCAGCCCCAGGGGACAACAACCAGGGGAAAGCCUCAGCCAGGACCACAGAGGAUAGUGUGCCUGAACCCGCUGACAACAGUGGCAGUGAGGAGGCGGUAAGCGAAGAGGAGAAAGAGUAUUUUGAUGACAGCACUGAAGAACGGUUCUACAAACAGUCUUCUGCAUCUGAGGACAGCGACAGUGGUGAUGACUUCUUCAUUGGAAAAGUCAAACGGACACGAAAGAAGGAAUGUGGUGUCCAUUCCUCAGCUAAGGAACAGAAGCCCCUCCCAAAAGUGUCAUCCAAAACAAAUACACUUGAAACCCAUUGGGAUGUAAGAAAUGAUAAACACAAGCUGAUUCCGGAAGCCAGGAAGUUAGAAUCCGUGUUUUUCCACUCUUUAUCUGGACCUAAGAGCUCCAGAAGGGAUCCCAGAGAACAGGCCCCAAAGAAUAAAGCCCCAGAUUUUCCAGAAAAUGAACCUCCGAUCAAGAAUCAGUUUACAAAGCGUACACACAGAGGAUUUGAGAGUGUGAAGCCGCAGCUACACGCACCUCUGCAUCCUUCCUGGGAAGCAAGCAGGAGGCGGAAGGAGCAGCAGUCUAAAAUCACUGUGUUUCAGGGGAAGAAAAUUACAUUUGAUGAUUGAUUGCUUGCUGCCUCUUUCCAAGCUUUCUGUCAACAUUUUUGGUUUUGUUUUUAACUAGCCUGUUAUUUAAACUUCAAUUCAAAGUCUCUUUGAAAAAGUUAUAAAAUAUAUUGUUUGUUUGUCUUUUUUAUGUGAAUUUGGGGAAUAUUUACAUAAUCUUUUUACAGAUCUCUAAAUUUGUUUCUUAAGAGUGCUUGCCCCAAAUUACUUCCUACAUAAAGUAAUUUAGAUAUUUUGGAAUUUUAGGUUUUCUCAUUCAUGAUUACAAAAUAUAUUUUGCUAGUUAAGCUUUGUCUUUUGCCUUGAAAUUAAGGCAAAAAGGGCUCAGGAGAUAACUCCCUUCCUAAGGCCUGAUGACCUGAGUUUGACCUCUGAGAUUCCCUUGGUAAGUUCAGAACCAACUCGACAAAGUUGUUCUCUGAUUGCACAUGCAGUUUGGCACGUGCCUGUGUAUACAUGUACAUACUCACACACACAGUAAACUUCAUAUAAAACAUGUUAGGACAUCUUACAAUAAUAGUGGGAAAAUAAAUUAGAACUAAAGUUAGUUCUAUAAGCAAAACAAACGAUAAUUUUUAUUGUGGAUAUAGAAAUAAUAUAUAAAUAAAUGAUGAAUUUGUCAUA